GCUCACUUUAUCUGAGUUUUUUGAUGAUACUGGCCUCCGUACAUUGAUAAAAAGUAUUAAAACAUUAUACAACGAAGUUUUAAUGAUAAUAAGAAUAUUGUUUCAGAUUAGGCUGUACGGGUUAGAUCCGCUUGUCCUUUAUUGUAACGACGAAUGAUUAAAAAAAACAGACUUUUUGAUCAAGUCAUCGUUGUCAUCGCCAUUGUUCAUCGCGUUUCCUUCCCGGCAUUAUUUGUGAAUGUACUAAGUUUUAUUCAUAAUUCAAAAUGUUUAGAAAUCAAUAUGACAGUGACGUCACUGUCUGGAGCCCCCAAGGCCGCUUGCAUCAAGUUGAAUAUGCUAUGGAAGCUGUGAAACUUGGAUCAGCUACUGUAGGAUUGAAGAAUAAAGAUUUUGCGGUGUUGAUAGCUCUUAAGAGGGCUGUAAGUGAACUGUCUGCAUAUCAGAAGAAGAUUAUUCCUAUAGAUGAACAUAUAGGUAUUUCUAUAUCUGGAUUAACAGCAGAUGCUCGUAUGUUGAGCCGUUUUAUGAGAACUGAAUGCCUUAACCACAAGUAUGCUCAUGACUCGCCCAUGCCUGUUGGGCGCCUUAUCAAUCUUGUGGGCAACAAGAUGCAGAUCUGUACUCAGCGUUAUGACAAGAGACCCCUUGGUGUUGGGUUGUUGGUAGCUGGCUAUGAUGAUCAAGGUCCUCACAUCUACCAGACCUGUCCGUCAGCUAAUUUCUUUGACUGUCGUGCUAUGGCUAUUGGUGCCCGUUCUCAAUCAGCCCGCACCUACUUAGAGAAACACCUGAUGACAUUCGCCGACUGUGAGCUCCAGGAGCUUGUAGCUCAUGGCUUGCGAGCAUUGAGAGAUACACUUCCUAAUGAAGUGGAUCUUAAUAAUAAGAACGUGUCGAUAGCUAUAGUGGGUCCGAAAACUCCUCUGAAGAUAUGCGAUGAGGCGGAGUUGGGCAGGUUCCUGGCGUUGGUGGAGGGCGAGGAGCGUCGUGGCGGCGGGUCCGCUGUGGGCGACGUGCUGCCCGACUCCGGCCCGCCGGGGGACCGCCCCGACAGGCCAGACCGUCCAGACCCACAGCCAGCGCAAGUCAUUAAUUACACUUGCGGCGACUCUCAAGACUCGGAAGACGAAAUUUUUUUAGUAUAUCUUGGUGGCAAUGGAAACAGAGUAAUCGCUGAAAGACUGCUGGAUGAUUCUGUGACGGAGGAUAGUGUGAUGGAUGACGAUAGCAAUGCUGAAUCGUCAAGUUUCAGAUUAUCAACCUUCAUGGAUGCAUCGAAGCAGAAUCUAACCUCCCUUUUUAUCAACAUCAAAGGUUUGCCUUGGCCAGUGUUUGAUUUUACAACCGUGAAUUUAAUGUAGAUAGAUCUUCAAAACUUUCAGCAUGAUUAUUUAAAGUUGUUACUACAGUAAGAAGUAGUAUCAGGUUCAUAAGCCUAGUAUUACAUUAUUUAACGUCAAAAGCACUAAAUAUUUGUAUGAAUAUUUGGUAACUAUACAGCUAAGAACUAUCGCGGAAUCCUCUACUAAGGCUCUAAUUUUAAACUUACGACAUUUUUUAUUAUCCACCUGGAAGGACCAUGACGUUGAUUAUAUACUUGUCUAGUAGUGUUACUCUAAAAUUGUUAAAAAUAACAAGCCUGGUUUGAAUUUCUCGUGCGUGUAAAGUUCACAUUGGUGUGCGUGAGUAUUGUUGUUAUAGGUGCACGCUGUUAACACGCUGCAUAUUGUUAAUAAUACCAGCUUCCCGAAUAUUUCCCACAAAUGUAGUAGUAAAAGGUGUAUUUUUUUUUUAAUCGAUAAUUCUAUUAUAACUCAUCAUAUUGUGUAAAUUAUGAAAUAAAAUACUAAUGCAGGUUUUCAUGAUAAAAUAUAAUUGAAAUGUGCAAGUUUCAUUUACAAAUGCAACAAAAUACAUGUUUUGUUCACAGUGACAGCUUGGACACUGAUUAAGCUUUGUGAUAUAUAUUUUUUGGUAUUUAGGCGCUCUGACAUUAUAUAUAUAGACAAGUAUAUAAGCAAAGGACCAUGAAUAUUCUUGGAAUCGUUUACCAAUAAGAAAAUACUAAUUGAUAG